AUGAACCCACAAAUUAGUGCCCAGGAUGUGAUGACAUGUAACCUGUGCAAAACUACUAAUAUACAGAUGCACUGCAAUGUAUGUCUCGUCAGCCUAUGCAAGGCAUGUGUGGGAGAACAUAUUUCAGUUAAUGAAUCCUCUGACCACAAAAUUGUCAAUUUACAAAGGAAGAAAUCUGCUCACCCCUACUCUAAAUAUAAACUUGAAAGAAAAUUUUCAAGUCUGUCUCUUAUGUCAGAUGAACAUGGUCACUGCAUAGAGUCAGAACAUAAUAUAUCAGAAGCAGUAACUUUUCCAGUUAAACAGCUUCUUCAUAAACAAAAGAUUGUCAUAAAAGUAAAUAUUCAGUUUAAAUUUUUGUAUGGUCCUUACUUUUUGGCCUGUCUAAAUGACGAUAAAAUUUGGAUAGGGGGAGCUGAUGAUAAAAUGUAUCUCUUUAGCAUCAGUCAGGGUAAAAUAUUAAAACAAAUUGGAACUAUGUCAGGGAAAAGUCCAGGAGGUCUUGUUAUAACAAAACAUGGUGAUCUGUUUUAUACUGAUCCAAUUGCGAAAACUAUAAACAUUGUGAAAGAAGGAAAGACUGACACAAUUACAUUGCAAAACUGGAGACCUUUUGGAGUCUGCACUACCUCCUCUGGAGAUCUUCUAGUUAGCAUGCACAGUGAAAAAGAUGAGAGAUUAAAAGUUGUUCGUUACUCUGGCUCUACAGAAAAACAAUCCAUACGGGUUCAAGAGAGGACUUCUAUCUAUGAAUAUCCUGUUCAUAAUCAUUACAGCAUUAGUGAAAACAGGAACUUAGAUAUUUGUUUAGUUGACAUCAAUGAAAAAUCAGUAAUAGUAAUAAACAAAGAUGGAGAACUGAGAUUCGUUUACAAUGGUCACAAUCCUUCGCCAAGGGACAAUCCGUUCAAUCCCAAAGGAAUCACAACAGACAGUCAGGGUCACAUCCUUAUAGCAGAUUGUGACAAUGACUGUGUUCACAUCAUAGACCAAAAGGGAACGUUCCUCAGUUUCAUAGUCUGUGGACUGAUGAGCCCCUUUGGACUGUGCAUAGAUGCAAAUGACAAUCUGUUUGUUUCUGAGAUGAGACUUAACCAAGUGAAGAAAAUUAAGUAUUUAUUUUGA